GUUUCUUCAAACUUUUUUCAAAGAAAACUCAAAUUCUCAACAAGAAAUGCAACCUAAUCGAGCCUCGUCGUCUCUUUCAUCUACUCCAACCCGAACCUGGACACACCACGUGUUCCUGAGCUUCCGCGGGGAAGACGUACGCAAAGGUUUUCUGAGUCAUAUUCAGAAGGAGUUCGAACGCAAAGGAAUUUUUCCAUUCGUUGAUACUAAGAUGAAGAGAGGUAGCUCGAUCGGUCCUGUACUCUCUGAUGCAAUUAUAGUAUCAAAGAUUGCGAUUGUCUUGCUCUCAAAGAAUUACGCUUCGUCGACCUGGUGCCUCAACGAAUUGGUGAAUAUUAUGAAGUGCAGGGAAGAGUUUGGUCAAACUGUGAUGACCGUUUUCUAUGAAGUGGAUCCAUCUGAUGUGAGAAAGCAGACCGGAGAUUUCGGGAUAGCCUUUGAGACAACCUGUGUGGGCAAAACGGAAGAGGUGAAGCAGAGUUGGAGGCAAGCGUUGAUAGACGUCUCGAAUAUAGUCGGAGAGGUUUAUCGCAUAUGGAGCAAAGAGUCAGACUUGAUUGACAAAAUUGCAGAAGAUGUAUUGGACGAGUUGAACUAUACGAUGUCGAGAGAUUUUGAUGGCUAUGUUGGAAUCGGACGUCAUAUGAGAAAGAUGAAAUCCUUGUUAUGCCUAGAGUCUGGUGAUGUGAGAAUGAUAGGGAUAGUGGGUCCUCCUGGGAUUGGGAAGACCACCAUUGCAAGAGCUUUACGUGAUCAAAUCUCUGAAAAUUUUCAGUUGACUGCGUUUAUAGACGAUAUCAGACUAACCUACCCGAGACGUUGCUACGGUGAGAGUGGUCUGAAACCGCCAACUGCGUUCAUGAAUGAUGACCGAAGGAAGAUUGUCUUACAAACGAACUUUUUGUCUGAAAUAUUAAACCAAAAAGAUAUCGUAAUUCAUAAUCUAAAUGCGGCGCCGAAUUGGCUCAAAGACCGAAAAGUUCUUGUCAUUCUUGAUGACGUGGAUCAUUUAGAGCAACUAGAUGCAAUGGCGAAAGAAACUGGGUGGUUCGGCUAUGGGAGUAGGAUUAUCAUCACAACACAAGAUCGAAAACUUUUGAAGGCACAUAAUAUCGACUAUAUCUACGAGGUGGGACUUCCACGUAAGGAUGAUGCUCUACAGAUCUUCUGUCUUUCUGCUUUUGGUCAAAACUUCCCACAUGAUGAUUUUCAGUACCUUGCUUGCGAAGUUACACAACUUGCGGGUGAACUUCCUCUUGGUCUGAAAGUUUUGGGAUCUUAUCUGAAAGGAAUGUCCCUGGAGGAGUGGAAAAAUGCACUACCACGGUUAAAGACUUGCCUUGACGGUGACAUUGAGAAAACUCUAAGAUAUAGCUACGAUGCCUUAAGCCGUAAAGAUCAAGCUCUCUUUCUGCACAUAGCAUGUUUGUUUCGUGGUUAUGAAGUCGGUCAUGUGAAACAGUGGCUUGGUAAGAGUGAUUUGGAUGUCGACCAUGGGCUUGAUGUUCUAAGACAGAAAUCACUCAUAUCUAUCGAUAUGGGUUUCCUAAAUAUGCAUUCUUUGCUGCAACAACUGGGUGUCGAAAUUGUUCGUAACCAAUCUAGUCAAGAGCCUAGAGAACGUCAGUUUUUAGUAGAUGUUAACGACAUUUCUGAUGUUUUCACCUACAAUACCGCGGGCACUAAGUCUAUUCUAGGCAUACGUCUCAACGUCCCGGAGAUAGAGGAAAAAAUAGUUAUUGAUGAACUGGUAUUUGAUGGGAUGACUAAUCUCCAAUUUUUAUUUGUUAAUGAGGGUUUUGGGGAUAAGUUGAGUUUACCACGAGGCCUGAAUUGUCUACCCGGUAAGCUCAGAGUAUUGCAUUGGAACUAUUGUCCGUUGAGAUUGUGGCCCUCUAAAUUCUCCGCAAAUUUUCUUGUUGAGCUUGUCAUGCGGGGGAACAACUUUGAGAAACUAUGGGAAAAAAUCCUGCCGCUAAAAAGUCUCAAGCGGAUGGAUUUGAGUCACUCUAAGGAUCUGAAAGAGAUUCCAGAUCUUUCAAAUGCUACUAAUCUCGAGGAACUAGAUCUCUCUAGCUGCUCAGGUUUGUUAGAGCUCACCGACUCUAUUGGAAAAGCCACUAAUCUUAAGAGAUUGAAACUUGCCUGUUGCUCUCUUUUGAAAAAGCUACCUUCCUCUAUCGGAGAUGCCACGAAUCUCCAAGUGUUGGAUCUUUUCCAUUGCGAAAGUUUCGAGGAACUCCCCAAAUCUAUUGGUAAGUUAACUAAUCUCAAGGUAUUGGAACUCAUGCGUUGUUAUAAACUGGUGACUCUCCCCAACUCUAUCAAGACACCUAAAUUGCCGGUCUUGAGCAUGAGCGAAUGCGAAGAUCUACAGGCGUUUCCAACCUACAUCAACCUUGAGGAUUGUACACAGUUGAAAAUGUUUCCAGAAAUUUCAACAAACGUUAAAGAACUCGAUCUGAGAAAUACUGCAAUAGAGAACGUGCCAUCUUCGAUAUGCUCUUGGUCUUGUCUUUACAGAUUGGAUAUGUCAGAGUGUAGAAACCUCAAGGAGUUCCCAAAUGUUCCUGUCAGCAUCGUAGAGUUGGACUUGAGCAAGACAGAGAUAGAGGAAGUUCCUUCAUGGAUUGAGAAUCUCUUACUUCUGCGUACUCUAACUAUGGUAGGAUGCAAGAGGCUUAAUAUUAUAUCUCCAAACAUUUCUAAGUUGAAGAAUCUUGAAGAUCUUGAACUGUUUACCGACGGUGUUUCUGGGGAUGCUGCAUCUUUUUAUGCAUUCGUUGAGUUCUCUGACCGGCAUGAUUGGACUUUAGAAUCAGACUUUCAAGUUCACUACAUUUUACCGAUAUGUCUACCCAAGAUGGCAAUAUCAUUACGCUUCUGGAGUUAUGAUUUCGAGACUAUUCCAGAUUGCAUUAACUGUCUCCCCGGGCUUAGUGAGCUUGACGUUAGUGGAUGCAGAAAUCUCGUCUCACUCCCACAGCUUCCGGGUUCCCUUUUAUCUCUAGAUGCAAAUAACUGUGAAUCUUUGGAGAGAAUAAACGGCUCUUUUCAAAACCCAGAGAUUUGUCUAAACUUUGCUAACUGCAUCAACCUGAAUCAAGAAGCGAGAAAGCUCAUCCAGACAUCAGCUUGCGAAUAUGCGAUCUUACCUGGUGCAGAAGUUCCUGCACACUUCACUGACCAAGAUACUUCAGGCUCCCUAACGAUCAACAUAACUACUAAGACUCUUCCUUCACGCUUAAGAUAUAAAGCUUGCAUCUUGCUGUCAAAAGGCAAUAUAAAUCUUGAGGAUGAGGAUGAGGAUUCGUUUAUGUCUGUGUCUUGUCACGUCACGGGGAAACAGAAUAUCCUUAUUCUCCCUUCACCAGUUCUACGUGGAUAUACAGAUCACUUGUAUAUAUUUGAUUAUUCUUUCUCUCUACAUGAGGAUUUCCCUGAAGCCAAAGAAGCCACUUUCAGCGAGCUUAUGUUUGACUUCAUAGUCCACACUAAAUCCUGGAACGUGAAAAGCUGCGGUGUACAUCUUUUUGAGGAGAAGAAUCUGCCGGAAAAGAAUGAGGUUACGCCUUGUGUAUGUGUGAUAAGUCUAAAGCAGAUGGAUUUAAGUAAGUCUGAGAAUCUAAAAGAGAUUCCUGAUCUUUCAAAAGCCAUAAAUAUCGAGGAACUCUGUCUCAGUUAUUGUGGAAGUUUGGUUCCUCGAUCAAGAUUGUAUCACACGUCACUGCAAGCUGCCUUUUCUGAAUUUAUCAGGAUCAAUCUCCAGCAAGAAAGAGAAUGA